UGAAACACUGCACACUGCAUGACUGCGUGCGCUGGACAGGUACUGAUUGGAAAGCUCUCAGGGAAUCCCCCCUUGAGUCAACAACAACAACAACAACAACAACAUGUGAAUAUAGAGGGUCGUGUCGAGUGACCAUGUUGAAGACAAUGACGAUGUGGGACCAUUCAUUAAUUCUUUUGUCGUUGAAGACAGUAUAGAUCCGGGUAUAGAUCACCAACUUACUGUAGAACGAGAAGCUACAGUACAGAUCAUCAUGAUGUAACCCUUCAAAGCUCUUGAAAAUGGGUCGAUGAUCAUGGAUCCGGACAAGGAGAGAUCUCUGGACUAUGCCAGGACUCAACAAACCUACUUUGAUCUUUAUCAGGGAAAGUUGGACAAAGUUUCUCAAGAUGUGAAAAGUAGAGAGACGAGGCCACAACUUUUUCUUAUUUCUGGACUGCCAGGCAUCGGUAAGGCCUCAUUUGCUGUCGAGUUAGCAAAGAGACUUCAAAGAAAUGAUUCCACAACCACCAUCACGAUUCACACUCCCAAAGGGGCUUCUCACCAAGAUAUUGUUCAAGAUAUCGCAAGCAAGUUUUUAGAGAUAAGGAAUUUGGAUUUCACGGUGUCUUACUGCUUGCAAGAAGAAUUCCUGGACAAGCUUGAACACAAAACAUCAGAGACAGUGAUAAUCAUUUUUGGUAUCACCAAUGCUGCAGAGGAUGAGUUACCAAAGAUUCUAAGUGAGGCGGAAAGUCUGGUGAGAUUUCCCAAUGUCACUGUUUUAAUGACCAGUGGAGAGGAUUGUGGAUUUGCAAGACUUGGUCCCAAGUUCUUCCUGUAUGUCUUGCAGCCACCCAGUGAAGCAGAAGCAAGGAGAUACCUGGAAUCCUUUGCACCACACUUGCCCAUUGAGAAUUAUCUAGAAUGCCUUGUACCUGUGCUGCCCUUCAGAAUAAGCGACAUUCUGAAGAAGUGUGGACAACUUCCUAAAUUAGUGGCCCAAGUUGGUGACAUGCUCAAGGACAAUGUUCCAAUUUCUACCAUUUGGGAUUCAGUGAAGGAGAACCCUCUAUCAAUCCUGCCAAAAGCUGAAGCUGAAGCGGGAGCUGGAAGAUUUGGAGAUGUUGUGGUUCGAAAGGUGAGGACUGAUGCUGACAGGAAGGCCUUGAAGGCUCUGGCUGUAGUGGAUGGCCAUUUUGAUGAGAAGGCAUUCUGUGCAAUAACUGGGAAGGAUGCAUCGCAAUGUGGUCUCGCAGUCCGCAGCAUUCGUCCUUUCCUCUCAAGCCACCUCUUUGCAACAGCCGAUACUGGAAGUGGAAGGUUGUUCUGCAUGAACGAGCUGAUGAAGUUUACGUUGAAUCAGAAAUGGGGAUGCCUUGAUGGAUUGGUGCAGAGUCGCAAUCGCUUCUGCUUGUUCUACGCACAACUCUUACAGCGGAUGACACCGCUCAUGCACAGCUAUCAACCUGACAACCUCCCAUUGUACCAGGCAGAUUUUAUCAAUCUGCAGAAACUGCUUGAAAUGGCAACAUUUGCCACCUCUGAAGACUUUAUGUACGAGUUGAUCAUGGACAUCGCCCACAACUCGCAGGAGAUCAUCUACGACUUUCUUCAGAAGAAAGAAGUGAUACCGUUCUACGAGAGCUGCGUCAGAGCAGCUCGACAGAGGAGUGACGAACGUCGGCUAGCUUACGUGCUCAUUGCUUUGUCACAUGCUGUUGUGAUGCUUCACAAUGACUUUGAUCAUGUAGAGGGAUACCUUUCAGAGGCACAGGAAAUCUUAGAGAGGAUUGGUGAGAUGGAUACCCUUGACACGGUCAGACUUCAUUUGGAAAAGGGAUGGUACAAUUAUAAAUGUGCCAAGCAUCGGGAGGCAUUGAGCUCUUACGAAGAAGCAAGAAGGAUUCUGCUUCACAUCAUUACUGGCGAGGCGGAGAACGAGAGCCUUCCGGACCCCAAGUUCCUCUUGGAAAAAGCGAAGAUGAUGGAUAAAGGAAGCCUCCACCUGUGGGUAUUGUCCUCUGUCAACACCAACAUUGCCACCAUCUAUACGUGUAUGUGUAACUUUGAGGCUGCUAUCAGCCACUUCAAGCAGAACCUUCAGCUUCAGAACACAUUGUGGACUGAGCGACAUCCACACUCGGCAUUGACCAAUCACAAGCUAGGGCUCACAUACCUGCUGAGUAAAGACUUUGCUAAUGCUCUGAAGUACGGCAACAAGGGACUCAGCCUGAGGAUGUUCCUGACAAAAGGUGCCUCACACACUACCAUACAGUCUCUGAGCAUGGUUGCCAUGGCAAUACUAGAUCACAACGGUGAUUGGCAGCGUAGCUUGAGAUUACUCCAGGAAGCCGUGGAGAUGAGGGAGGAGCUUGGACCAACACACCCGGACAUGGCUCUGCUCCACCACAGCAUGGGUAACGUCUAUCGCUUCUGCAGUAACCACAGGGAGGCCCAGAGGCACUACCAAAAGGCUGUUGACAUGCGUCUGGCGGCUUACGGCAUCGGACCAAACUUCUGCACGGUGGAAUCGCUGGAUGCCUUGGCUGAUACGUGCUUUGAAGUGGGUGAGGCGGAGGAGGCUCUGGAAGUACACCAGAAGUGCUUGAAGAUGUGCUUGCAGCAUCUGUCGGAGGAUGCAGAAGGGCACCUAGAUGAAGGCGCACGUGGGAUAGAUUUGGUGAGGACAACCUGUAAGAAAGUCAGUCUCAUCUAUGAAGCAAGGCAUGAUGUGAACCAAGCUGAAAUCUGGAAGAAUGCAUCUGAAUCUGAAAGGCCUCUCUUGGUGAUUCCGCAGGAAUAUUUCCCACCUUGAAUGUGACUGUUUAUUUCUUAAAGAGAAGGUUGAGUUCUGGGAAGAGGUAAAAAAUAAUGUGUGAGUGUUAUCAUUGUUUAUGCAAGUGUGGAAGAACAUCAGAUAACAAAUGUUCCCUGAAAAGCAUGGCUCUUCAAAUGCCUUAAUAUUCUAAAUAUGGCAUGUAACAUCAUAAAAAUCGGGACAGAAUGUUUCACUGCUUGUUUGUGUAGUCUCAUAUAAAUCUUCUGUGUACAGUGCUUGUAACUUUACCAAGACUGGGCCAAUUUUGUUAUCAUUUUGAUGAUUCCAGAACCUUGCAAUAC